AGGUGUUACGUCAUUACUUCGAGUGGGAGUUGAGGCUCACGAGACGGUGUGUUCUCAGUUUAUUCAUGUGCUUAGGUAUUUCGAUAUUUGUUUAAGUUUAAUUUUGGCAGGGAUAUCUACACUUUGUUUAGUUAGCGAUUGAAUUUAAAAUAUCAUUCUGAAAUAUCACUGUUGGUGGAGAAAAUGAGUGUUGAGGCGUACGGGCCGAGCUCGCAGACUCUCACGUUCCUGGACACUGAGGAAGCGGAGCUGCUUGGAGCAGAUACCCAGGGUUCGGAGUAUGAGUUCACGGAUUUUACCCUGCCGAGCCAGACUCAAACAGGCCAAACGCAGAGUCAGUUGGAAAAUCAGGUGAAUGGGCCUGAUGGAGUACAGCAGAAUGGGGAUGACCCUGUUGUGAAAGCAAGUCAACUUCUUGCAGAGUUGAACUUUGAAGAAGACGAGGAAGACAGCUAUUAUACUAAAGACCUCCCAGUCCAUGCAUGCAGUUACUGUGGCAUUCACGAUCCUGCUUGUGUGGUGUAUUGCAACACCAGCAAGAAGUGGUUUUGCAAUGGACGUGGCAAUACAUCUGGCAGCCACAUUGUGAACCACCUGGUCAGAGCCAAGUCCAAGGAGGUGACUCUGCACAAGGAUGGUCCUUUGGGGGAGACGGUGCUGGAGUGCUACAACUGUGGCUGUCGCAACGUCUUCCUCCUGGGGUUCAUCCCUGCCAAGGCAGACUCUGUGGUGGUACUGCUUUGCAGGCAGCCAUGUGCCAGUCAGAGCAGUCUGAAAGACAUCAACUGGGACAGCUCCCAGUGGCAGCCGCUGAUCCAGGACCGCUGCUUCCUGUCCUGGCUGGUUAAGAUCCCCUCUGAGCAGGAGCAGCUCCGGGCCCGCCAGAUCACCGCCCAGCAGAUAAACAAGCUUGAGGAGCUCUGGAAGGAAAACCCCACAGCCACUCUGGAGGACCUGGAGAAGCCCGGCGUGGACGAGGAGCCUCAGCACGUGUUGCUGCGCUACGAGGAUGCCUACCAGUACCAGAACAUCUUUGGCCCCCUGGUCAAACUGGAGGCUGACUAUGAUAAGAAACUCAAAGAGUCCCAGACCCAAGACAAUAUUACUGUCAGGUGGGACUUGGGACUCAAUAAAAAGCGGAUUGCUUAUUUCAGCCUUCCCAAGACGGACUCAGGUGACAUGCGCCUGAUGCAGGGAGAUGAGAUUUGCCUGAGGUACAAGGGAGACCUUGCCCCACUCUGGAAAGGCAUUGGACAUGUCAUCAAAGUCCCAGACAACUAUGGCGAUGAGAUAGCCAUUGAGCUGAGGAGCAGUGCUGGGGCCCCCGUGGAAGUACCACACAACUUCCAGGUUGACUUUGUGUGGAAGUCCACCUCCUUUGACCGGAUGCAAAGUGCCCUGAAGACCUUUGCCGUGGAUGAGACCUCUGUGUCCGGGUACAUCUACCACAAGCUGCUGGGUCACGAGGUGGAGGAUGUGGUCAUCAAGUGUCAGCUGCCCAAACGCUUCACCGCCCAGGGCCUGCCUGACCUCAACCACUCACAGGUAUAUGCUGUGAAGACUGUGCUGCAGCGUCCUCUCAGUCUCAUCCAGGGGCCCCCUGGCACGGGGAAAACUGUCACCUCUGCCACUGUAGUGUACCACCUGGCCAGACAGGGCAACGGGCCUGUGCUGGUGUGUGCUCCCAGUAACAUUGCGGUGGACCAGCUGACUGAGAAGAUCCACAUGUCAGGUCUGAAGGUGGUGAGGCUGUCUGCCAAGAGCAGAGAGGCCAUUGACUCCCCUGUGUCCUUCCUGGCUCUGCACAACCAGAUCCGCAACAUGGACAGUAUACCAGAGCUUCAGAAGCUCCAGCAGCUGAAGGACGAGACUGGGGAGCUGUCCUCCUCGGACGAGAAGCGCUACAGGGCCCUGAAGCGCACCGCAGAGAGGGAACUACUUAUGAAUGCUGAUGUGAUCUGCUGUACCUGUGUGGGGGCAGGAGACCCCCGCCUGGCCAAGAUGCAGUUCCGCUCCAUCCUCAUUGAUGAGAGCACCCAGGCCACUGAGCCAGAGUGUAUGGUGCCUGUCAUACUGGGGGCCAAGCAGCUGAUCCUGGUGGGAGACCACUGCCAGCUGGGUCCAGUAGUGAUGUGUAAGAAGGCUGCCAAGGCGGGCCUGUCCCAGUCCCUGUUUGAGCGUCUCGUGGUGCUUGGCAUCAGGCCCAUCCGUCUGCAGGUGCAGUACCGUAUGCACCCGGCCCUCAGCGCUUUCCCCUCCAACAUCUUCUACGAGGGCUCCCUGCAGAACGGAGUCACCGCAGCUGACCGCAUCAAGAAAGGCUUUGACUUCCAGUGGCCACAACCAGACAAGCCCAUGUUCUUCUACGUGACCCUGGGCCAAGAAGAAAUUGCAAGCUCUGGAACCUCCUAUCUUAACAGAACUGAGGCUUCCAACGUGGAGAAGAUCACCACCAGGCUGCUAAAGGCUGGGGCCAAGCCUGACCAGAUAGGCAUCAUCACCCCCUACGAGGGCCAGAGGUCUUACCUGGUGCAGUACAUGCAGUUCAGUGGCUCCCUCCACACCAAGCUCUACCAGGAGGUGGAGAUAGCCAGCGUUGAUGCGUUCCAGGGCAGAGAGAAGGACUUCAUCAUCCUGUCCUGUGUCAGAGCCAACGAGCACCAGGGCAUUGGCUUCCUCAACGACCCACGCCGUCUCAACGUGGCUCUCACCAGGGCCAGGUAUGGGGUUAUCAUCGUGGGCAACCCCAAGGCCCUGUCCAAGCAGCCUCUGUGGAACCACCUACUCAACUACUAUAAGGAGCAGAAGGUUCUGGUGGAGGGACCCCUCAACAACCUGAGGGAGAGCCUCAUGCAGUUCAGCAAGCCCCGCAAGCUGGUCAACGCCAUCAACCCUGGGGGCCGUUUCAUGAGCACAGCCAUGUAUGAUGCAAGGGAGGCUCUUAUUCCUGGAUCUGUGUAUGACCGCAGCAGCACUGGACGUUCAUCCAACAUGUACUUCCAGACCCACGACCAGAUCGGCAUGAUUGGUCCGGGCCCCAUGGCCUCCAUGAACAUUCCCUUCAACCUGGUCAUGCCCCCCAUGCCGCCGCCAGGCUACCUGGGCCAGGUCCACUGCCCCCCAGCAGGCCGUGGUGGAGGUAUGAAGGGUAAGGCGGGCGGCGGAGGGGUGCGAGGUGGGCGCCAGCGGAGCCGUGGCAUGGGGAACCACGGCGGGGGCAGCGGGCAGCACGGCCUCAUGAGUGGCAGCCAGGCCAGCCAGGACCUGGGCUCCCAGCCCUUCUCCCAGGGACCCCUCACACAGGGCUACAUCACCAUGAGCCAGCCUUCCCAGAUGAGCCAGCCUGGCCUCUCCCAGCCUGAACUCUCUCAGGACAGCUACCUUGGCGAUGAGUUCAAGUCCCAGAUUGACGUGGCCCUCUCCCAAGACUCCACCUACCAAGGGGAAAGAGCUUAUCAACAUGGUGUGACUGGACUGUCCCAGUACUAGAGUGUUGUGGGAAAAGGAGCUAGGCCUGUGCUGAGCUUAGUUCGUCGCCAUUUUAAUCUGGGUAAUAUCAAAAAAAGAACAUAUGGAUACCCGUUUUCCACUGCUACAACUGAAGCACCACUGUGUGAAAGCAACAGGAGAGAGACCGAGAGAAACCAACCAAUCACAAGAGUGAGAGAAAAAUGGGGGUAGAGCUGGACAGGACAAGAGCGAGGAGGAGGGAGAGAGAAGGCGCUGCUCGCACACGGAGAAAAGGAGAAGCAGCAUACGUUGGGGUAGCAGCGUCGGAGCGACAAGCCCUUUGAUAAGUCGAGGGGUGAAAGGUCAUGGAUCCUCAAUGGGGUCACAGGAGUCACAUCCCUGCCACCUCUUCUCCCCCAGGGACCACAAGUUAGUUGGCUGAGGACAUUGUUCUCGGAGCAGAGAGACUGAGAAGAGUUCUCACACAACCCUCCAACCUCACUCUACAAAACCGUCUCCUGCCAGCUAGCGAUGGGAAAAAGGGGCCGAAACUCUUGAAGCAGUCAGUCGAUUUGGGAAAAUUUCUAACCUCAAAGUUGAUCCGUGCUCAUGCUCUGCAUUUGAACAUGUUUGAGCGAGAGGUGAGAGGUUUUGGGCAGACCAAGAAUGGUCUUGUUGAACGUCUCAAACGGAAUCAAAUGGUGCAGGAGUCGGAAGAAUACUGACCAUUCAUCUUUUUCAACUUUGAGUUGGAAAGUUUUCUACAUGAGGUCUGUUGUUGCAGAGGUUUUGAAAGCUGGUGAAUUUCACUGGCUUUCCGCUCUGGUCUUUCUGAAGGAUAAGUGGUGGAAUGGCUCUUGAAACAAUUAAAGGAAACAUUAUUGUCUCGAGA